ACAUACAUACAAAAACAGACAUAGACAUAAACGAUGUUGACAUAAAAAUGUUGUAGUUUUCAGGAUGUCAAAGGUUUCAACCGGACCAGUGAUAUACAAUAGCAUCGACAUGAAUGGACAGAGCGACAUGGAGAGAACACUGAGAGAGAAAACUGUCAUCAUCCCUGAGGGCGAACACGACACAAUUCGAGAAGAAUUCUUCCAAAAUGUGAUACGUUACACAGCGAAAGGAUCAAAGUUGAGGGAGGAUGUCCCCUUCAUCGUCAUAUAUCUGUCUUCAUCUCGCAUUAAAGAUGAAGAGGGACUCAUUUUUGACAAAUUAAGACGUUUGCCUUCGGCUAUAUUGAUCAUUGCAUCAGUUGGAAAGGCUUCUGAAGUAAGCAUCGACCUUCCAAGAGACUUGGAAUCUACCGUCAAAGACAUCUUUCGUCUUUUUAUUAAAAAUGGACACAUUCUCAACGAUGAUAUGGAAAACAAAUGCAUGUUUCAUCGUGUGCUGUUCGACUGUUGUCAACUGGAGCGUGGUUGGAUAGAUAAUAUAAAGGAAAAUUGGAUUAAAAUCGCCAUUGGUGGCGGUGUCGUGUUUUCGAUAAUUGUGAUAGUGGCACCUACAGCAUACUUUGCGGAAUAAU